AUGGACCUCUUCAUCGAUAUUACCACUCCCAACGGUCGGAGCUACAAGCAGCCCACCGGUCUGUUCAUCAACAACGAAAUUGUGCCCGCAACUGGAGGUCAAACAAUCACCUCGAUUGACCCCGCUACCGACAAGCCUAUUGCCACUGUCCAGGCCGCCAGUGCCGAAGAUGUCGACCGUGCGGUGAAUGCCGCAAAGGCAGCCCUGGCCGAUGCCUCAUGGAAACAGCUUCCCGCCACGGAGCGGGGCCAACUGAUGGCCCGCCUCGCCGAUCUUAUGGAAGAAAACAGAGAGCUUUUGGCCUCAAUUGAUGCAUGGGAUAAUGGCAAGCCUUAUCAUGUCGCCGUCGAUGAAGACCUCACGGAGGCAAUUACCACCAUUCGGUACUACAGCGGAUGGGCCGAUAAGACCUUCGGUCAAACCAUAAACACAACCCCCCAAAAGUUUGCUUACACAAUUCGCCAGCCGAUCGGCGUGGUCGCUCAGAUCAUUCCUUGGAACUACCCCUUGUCCAUGGCCACAUGGAAGCUUGGUCCCGCGUUGGCCUGUGGAAACACAGUGGUGCUGAAGCCUGCCGAGCAGACCCCCUUGAGUGCCCUCAUUCUUGGAACAUUGAUUAAGCAAGCCGGCUUCCCUCCAGGUGUGGUGAACAUUGUCAAUGGAUAUGGACGCGAGGCAGGAGCUGCACUUGCUUCACACCCGUCGGUGGACAAGGUUGCAUUCACCGGAUCAACUGGUACCGCACGGGAGAUUAUGAAAAUGGCUGCCGGCACCCUUAAGAACAUCACACUCGAGACAGGUGGCAAGUCUCCCCUUCUGGUCUUCCCAGAUGCGGACAUGGAUCAGGCUGUGAAGUGGUCGCAUGCCGGAAUCAUGUCCAACAAGGGUGAGAUCUGCACCGCUACCUCAAGAAUCUAUGUCCACCGCGAUAUUAUUGAUUCAUUCACUGCUAGCUAUAAGGCAGCAGUUGAGAGCGUGAAGAUCGGCGAUCAAUGGGACGAGGCAGUUUUCCAGGGCCCGCAGGUCACCCGCGCCCAAUAUGACCGUAUCCUCUCCUACUUUGAGAUUGCCAAGAGUGAAGGUGCCCAAAUUAUCACAGGUGGUGCCGCAUACAAGCCCACAGAUGCCAAGAAUGCGAACGGAUACUUUAUCCAGCCAACCGUCAUCACCAAUGCCACCGAUUCAAUGCGCAUUGCCCGCGAAGAGAUCUUCGGCCCCGUUGUCGUGAUCUUCCCCUUCGACGACGAAGAAGAUGCGAUCCGUCGCGCAAACGACACCACCUACGGCCUUGGUGCAUCCGUCUUCACACGCGAUUUGGAACGUGCGCACCGCGUGGCCGCGGAGAUCGAGUCCGGCAUGGUGUGGAUCAACAGCAGUCAAGAUUGUGAUCCCCGCAUUCCCUUCGGUGGCGUGAAGCAAAGCGGUAUCGGACGUGAGUUAGGAGAGGCAGGCCUGGAGGCAUAUAGCCAGGUGAAGGCUGUCCAUGUCAACAUGGGAACCAAGCUAUAA